GGGUCGGUUUCCCUCUCAAAACCUGGCGGUUCCUUUUUCUAGGGUUCUUCCCUCCAUCUCUCUCUCCGAACUCUUUCGAAAUCCGAAUCGAUUUCGUUCGCAUUCCACACGAUCGCGAUUUGUUCUGUUCUGGAUUUCUAGGGUUUCUUAUUCCUCGACCGCUGAUCUUGUUCUCCGUUCCGCUGCGAAAAUGGCGGUUAAUCUGACGAAAGGCGCCAUAGCUAUGGUCAGCAAGGGAGAUGCGGAUUUGAAGCCCGUUCUUCAGGUUUUCGACAUCAGAUUGGUGAACACCACCCACAACACUGCCGAACGGUAUCGGAUGCUACUGUCGGACGGAUCGCAUCUGCAGCAGGCGAUGCUCGCGACGCAGAUGAAUCAUAUUGUGAAAUCGGGGAAGCUGCAGAAGGGUUCGAUCGUCCAGCUGACUGAGUUCAUCUGCAAUCUCAUCCAAAAUCGCAAGAUCAUUAUUAUCAUCAACUUGGAAGUAAUAGUUGAAAAGUGCGAUCUUAUUGGGGAACCAAAGCAGUAUGGGGAUGGUACUACUUCCAGUGCUCCUACACAGGGAAGAGCUUCCAUGCCUGCACAGUCAUCAUCCAUGGAUCAAUCAGGGAUAGCAGCUGGAAAUCCACAAUCUUAUGGUGGGUCACUUCCUGCUGGCACUGUCACAGGACAGAAUGUAAUGAGUGCAACACCUCUGCACCCCAGACCAGACUCAGUUGCAAAUCCUCAAUCUUAUGGGGGUUCAUUUUCUGGACCAGGACGUAAUGCAACCAAUGGAGCUAACGCAUACAUGAAAGCAGAACCGGGUGUUGAGCUUUCUGGAUCGGUGUCAUCAUCUGGGAGUUACAGUAUUCAACCACAAAACCCAAGUCAUAACAAUCAAAGCUUUUCAAAUCCUGGAGCUGGUGGAGGAUCACGUCCUUCCUUUAAUUCUCAUGGGCACCCUGCUCAGUCCACAUAUAACCAGCCGCCUCCGAUGUACACGAAUAGAGGACCUAUUGUUAAGAAUGAAGCUCCUGCGAGGAUAAUUCCCAUUGCUGCUCUGAAUCCCUACCAGGGUAAGUGGACAAUCAAGGCCCGGGUGACAGCAAAGGGGGAACUUAGACGCUACAACAACCCUAGAGGGGAGGGGAAGGUCUUCUCUUUCGAUCUUCUUGAUUCUGAUGGAGGAGAAAUACGUGUGACCUGCUUUAAUGCGGUGGCUGACCAGUUUUUUGACCAGAUUGAGGUUGGGAGAGUGUACUUGAUAUCAAGGGGGAGCCUGAAACCAGCUCAGAAGAAUUUCAAUCACCUUAAUAAUCAAUAUGAAAUUUUUCUGGAGUCUACAUCAACGGUUCAGCCUUGUUUGGAGGAGGACAGCUCUAUUCCGAGGCAGCAAUUCAAUUUUCGGCCCAUAGCUGACAUUGAAGGCAUGGAGACUAAUUCCAUGGUGGAUCUGAUUGGUAUCGUGUCAUCGAUUAGUCCCUCAAGCACAAUACUGAGAAAAAAUGGUACUGAAACGCUCAAAAGAAGUCUUCAGUUGAAGGAUAUGUCUGGCCGAAGUGUUGAGUUAACUAUAUGGGGAAGUUUUUGCAAUGCGGAGGGCCAACAGCUGCAAGAUAUGUGUGAUUCUGGGGUACCUCCUGUUUUAGCUGUGAAAGCUGCAAGGGUCAAUGAUUUCAAUGGGAAGACAGUGGGGACGAUUUCUACAAGCCAAUUAUUCAUAAAUCCUGAUUUUCCGGAGGCACACAGGCUGAAGGAGUGGUUCGAUAGGGAGGGGAGGAAUGCUGCAUCUCUUUCUAUUUCCAGGGAAAUGUCGACCAUGGGGAGGACUGACAUCCGCAAGACCAUCGCUCAAAUCAAGGAUGAGGGGCUUGGAAGAUCUGAAAAGCCUGACUGGAUCACUGUGAAGGCGACGGUUUCAUUUGUAAAAGUUGAUAAUUUCUGCUAUACAGCCUGUCCAUUGAUGGUUGGGGAUCGCAAAUGCAGCAAGAAGGUUAAUAAUAAUGGUGAUGGAACAUGGCAUUGUGAAAGGUGUGAUCAGUCCUUUCCUGAGUGUGACUAUAGGUACCUUCUUCAGCUUCAGAUACAGGACCACACGGGCUUAACAUGGGUAACUGCAUUCCAGGAAAGUGGCGAGGAAAUCAUGGGCAUUACUGCAAAGGAUUUGUACUUGUUGAAAUAUGAAGAACAAGAUGAUGUAAGAUUUGGGGAAAUUGUAAGGAGUGUUCUCUUCACUCAGUAUCUGUUCAAGUUGAAAGUGAAAGAGGAGACCUACAGUGAUGAACAACGUGUAAAAUCGACCAUCGUCAAAGCAGAGAAAAUAAAUUUUGCUUCUGAGAGCAAGUAUCUUCUGGGUUUGAUUGAUAAGGUUCCAGGAGAAGAUCCCAGUGCUUUCUUUGGGAGAUCAGCAAAUGUAGUUUUGGAAUCGGGAAUAUCUAAUGCAGGAUUCAGGCAAGAUGCACACCCUGUAGGGAACAGUUUCGGCACUGGCGGUUCUGAUAGAUAUGGGGUAGCAUCAGCAAAUUCGGUGGGACCAUAUGGGAGUGCAUAUAGUGGUGUUACAGGCCCGGUUAUGGGUAAUUCAGGAGUGUACCUGCUAUGUAACAGCUGCGGUGGUGCCGGCCACAACUCUCAGAAUUGCCCAAGCAUUGUAAACAGACAGGGACAGUCGAUGGGAGGAGGGUUCGGUGAUAGGACCCCUCAUUCUGGACCAGAUGUUGGUAGUGCUUCUGGUAAAUGCUUCAAAUGCAAUCAAAGUGGGCACUGGGCUAGAGACUGUCCAGGAUCAAAUUCUGUCCCGUCCUCCUAUGGGGGAAGCAGUGCCAGUAGUAGAUAUGGAAUUUCUAAUCAACAGUUAGGCAGAGGGUUUUAAUAAAUCUUUUAAGAAUAUGAGUAUCUUGGCAACCUUGGUGCAUGCCCAUCCAUGCUGAAGAGUCUUCUGGGGUUUCAGUUAUUACGGGAGCAUUUCUGUUGUUGGGUUUCCAUGUACAGCGGGAGUUGAACUCUGGUGCCCUUGUAUCGCUAAUUUGGUUGAAGUUCAACUGCCAGCCACCUAUAGCUGCUUUCAACAGUGGUAAUUUUCAUGGAGCAAUGCGAGAAGGUAUGUUUGCUGGUGUGUCAAUCUGUUAUGCCUGUAACAUAUUUUCCUUUUGGUAUUUGGGAAUUUGGGUUUCCAAGUAGCUACGCUGCAAAUUACUCUCUCAGCUCUUAUGGCCAUCUUUGAGGUUUUCUUAAGA